AUGGCUAUCGAAAACUUCAAAUACAACAGUUUGGAGGAGGGUGAGAUCAGGGUGUUGGUGCUGGAUGCAGCAGCUCAAGAGGGAGACGCCCUCUCAGGCGCUCUCGUCGUCGUGAAGCAUAUCCCGGGCGAUCACAUUACCCGGUAUGAUGCGAUGUCGUACACCUGGGGUGACCAGUCAGAUCCAGAGUAUAUAGAUCUCAGGCAUCCAAGACCGAUUGGCCACGACAAAUCUUGCAUUUGCAACAAGGAGUCUUCGGGGUCGCUCGCUAUCGGUCGCAAUCUUGCUUCUGCUUUGAGGAAGAUCCGUCACCAGAGCAAUAACCAGAUCCUCUGGGCCGACUCAAUUUGCAUCAAUCAACAGGAUCUCGAUGAGCGAGCCGCGCAGGUUUUGCGAAUGCGCGAUAUAUACAAGUACGCCCAGCGCGUUAUUGGCAGGAGUGCCAUCGAGAUAAUUGCUGCAAAACGAGAGGCAUUGGCUGGCACAGUCGACAUCCAUACUAUGGUCGAGUUUUCCAACGCACGCAGCUUUUCAGCGCUCCGACACUUGAGGGACUUUUUUUCUCUCGUAGCUUACACACACGCCUGUGAGGUGACGGAGCCCAGGGAUAGAGUCUUUGCACUACUGGGUCUCGCAGAGGGCGGCUUUACUAGUGAAAUUGUGGUUGACUAUAGAAAGGACGUCAAGGACGUUCAUCGCGAUGCUUUGGUGCGGGCUUCAACGUACCAUCAGGAUCUCAAGUUGAUGUCGCUGUGCGACUCAGCGUCUGAGCCGACAUGGAUCCCCGAUUUGGAGCGGAUACAGCUACAGCGGCCUAUGACUUACGGUAGAGCUGCCCUUUGCUGCGCCGAAAAUGGGCAUGCGUUUACCAAGGAGCAAUUGUUGCUACAAGGUAUACGUUGCGACUACAUCUCUGAGCUAGUCGGCCCCCAGGGCAGUCAGAAUUGUCAAGCACAGCUCCAAACCACUGUCCUAGAGGCAGCACAACGCUUCCUGGGUCCCCAUCCAGAGACCUGGGAUUUCCAAAAGGUUCAGCAAUUUUCCCUCAUGUUGCAUGUAAACGACUUCUUCAUCCACCCCCCAUUCAUCAACAAGACGCACCAGCAGCUGGCGCAGCGAAUCAGCACCCACAGUAAAACACUCGGUGGCCAGCUUGCACACUUGACUUACUACAUGCACAAUCGCUCUAUAUAUCUAACCAAAAUGGGCUACAUCGUGCUGGGCCCACGAGACUGUCAGCCGAAUGACCUAAUCGUUGUCUUCCUUGGCUGCCAUCUGCCCAUGGUUCUUCGGUCGAUUGAAGACGGUGAGUACAAGCUGAAAGGGCCUUGUGCUCAUCCAGCACUCUUGGCCGGCGAAGCAAUUCUCGGCGAGAUGCCAAAGGGUUGGCGCCUAAGCUAUUCCAGACGAGGUGAAAACUCCGUCUUUGAGGAUCCAGAAGGAAAGCGGCACCAUAUAGACCCACGGUUAGAUGGUAUGCCGGUCCCUGAGGAAUGGGAACUACGUUGGAGGAACAAUGGUACUCCAUUUUGGUAUAUUGCUGCAGAAGAUCGAUGGACCAACUUCGAUCCAAGAAUAUCCCUAGAGGGCCUUAGGAAGAGAGGGGUGAGAGUGAAUGAUUAUGUAUUACGGUGA